AUGUUUGGGAGUCAAUUUGAUUACUUGAAACUCAAACCAAGAACAGUUGAAGAGAUACACCAUGAAGAUGGUUAUAUAAAAGAAGGUAUUGAAAGGACAGCAACUAGAAGGAUCUUUUAAUCAGUCGAAUAUGAUCAUUUCGAAAAGAAAUAAAUUCAACAAUUCAAAGAUAUCAUUAGAGGAGCAAACAUAAGUGUGAGUUCUGACGAUGUACUAUUAAGAUUUCUUUAUGCAGGAUAUUUCAAUAUGACUAAUUGUCUAGAAGUAUUUUAAAUUCCAUCACAAUUAGUUAUAUAAACGACAUAUAUAUUGGCUGAAUACAAGUCGUCUGUCUAAUAUCCCAGAAAAAGUGCUCCUAUGUUUGAGAGAAGGUUUAGUCUAUAUAGGUGGCAAAGACUAUCAAUAUCGUCCAAUUAUAGUUAUUAAUUUACACAUGAUGGAUCUCUAUCUAUUCGACUCAGAUGCCUUUAUUCAUGCUCUUUCCAUCCUAUUUGUAAUCUGCGAGGAUUAUAUGUUCUAUCCAGGUAAAGUUGAAAACAUAGUUGUUAUUGUCGAAACGGAUUAAAUGAGUCUUUACAAUUUCCCUUAAAAAACAUUUCAAGUCAUUAUUUGGAUGAUGAGUUAAAACUUUCCACAGAUCUUAGAUCGUCUCUAUCUAUUUAAUCCAUCGAAAGAAUUACUUAUGAAUUGGGAUAAUUAUCAUUAGAUGUUGGAUAGUAGGACAUUCAAAAAAAUUGAAAUUUGGGAAUCUAAAUCUUUUGCUCCACUUGCUCAUGGCUUUCACCCUGAUAUGUUGGAACGUAGAUUUGGUGGAGGUAUGCCCAAUCUACAGUAAUAUUGGCUGCCCACUUAACUCAUUUAAUAACCCAGCAGCAUCUCCUUCAAAGUUCAAAAACCCAUGUAUAACCAAGGAACUAUUCAAUAUUCUCUUUAUAAUGAUCCUAAGGAGUUAUUAGAAAGAUUACAACAAAGAGAUGCAGAGGAUAGGUCAUAAGAAGCCACACUCAAAAGUGAACCUAAAUCAAGUGUUGCCUCCGGAAAAUUGUAAGUCAUCGAUUUUCAUUAAACUAUGGGCAAUGCCUUUAAAAUGUAAAAUUAUGGCUAAGAACAAUAAGAUCUAAGUUAAACCAAUUUCUCUGGAGAAUUCUAUUAAUAAACCAAUUAAAUUUAAUAAUCUCCUCAAUAAUAAUUCAUGAAUCCAGGGUUUUAGGGAUCAGCUCUUCCAGAGUAAUAAUUCAGACCAAAUAGUAAGGCUAAUUCUGUGACAUCUUCUUAAAAGAUUAGGGAUCAAUAGACAGCUUAACAAUUGGUGGGUUCCUAUUAAAAACCUAUAAGUGGAGUUCAACAAACUAUGAGACCGAAUACCAUGCCCAUCCCUUAAUUGGGAGCCCCAGCCUAAUCUGAAAGACUUUAUCAAUCUGUGGAUGAAAAAUUAAAUGACUCUUAGCGACCAUCUAGCAAUAAUGUUUAAGCAUGCUCAAUUAUGUGA